UCGAGGCUUGCGUUGUAUUGACAUUCUGCUUGGCGGAUGAGAUAAGAUGUGCUCACCGGGUCAAAAUAUAUACUCUCAUUAAAUCUUGUUUCCGGUGGGAGAACAGCGUCUGCAAUGAAUGUGGAAAGUUUAGAGUCGCCUUAUAAGGAGCUGGUUAAGGCUGCCGUAGAGGUCAAGGACAAGGCCUAUUGUCCCUAUAGCAACUUCCACGUGGGGGCGGCGGUGCUGACUUCUUCGAACCAGAUUUUUACAGGUGUCAACGUAGAAAACGCUUCGUAUGGUCUCUGCGUCUGCGCAGAGCGUGUUGCCAUAACGAACGCUGUGUCUCAAGGUCACAGAGAACUGAGGGCGAUGGCUGUGUGUUGUGAUAUCAAAGACUCCUUUAAAGCACCCUGCGGAGCAUGUCGACAGGUUGUUGCCGAGUUUAAUUUGGAUAUGGAUUUCUACAUGGUGAAACCGGACUACGCAUCUAAAAAGAUCAAAUUUGCAGAGUUACUGCCCAUGGCAUUUACUCCAGCAUCACUGAAGGAAGAGAGAGUGUAAAAAAAAGUAUGAAUGUACGAUUGCGAGUUGUUCUUUAAUAUAAAGGUGUACAAAAUUCAUAAAAUUUUUAAUAGACCUGCAACUUUUUAUUAAAACUUUUUGAUAAUAACAUAUAUUUUUUCUUAUUUUUGAG